AUGGAAAUAUUCGGUAAUGUUCUACCAUCAAUUAUAACAAUAAUUAGUAAUAUUUUAUCAGUAUAUCGAAUACAUCAAUCAAAUCGUUUAACAUCAAAUUAUAUAUUACCAUGUCGUCGUCGAACAGAUGAUACACGUCGUGUAGUACUUGUUAUUACAGUUGAAUGUUUAUUUGCUAUAAUUAAUUCAUGGUUUAGUGAUAUAAUACUUUCACUUGUUUAUUGUAAACGAAAUUUAUUAGCUGAUGAUGAUUGUCCAAUGUUUUUAAAACAAAAUAUUAAUUUAUUAAUUAUGUUUGAUAUGUUUAAUUCUAUUUCA